GGUUGAUGCCUCAGGUUUAUGGGUUCAACCCGAACUCGACAAAUUAAAAAAAAAAAUUAUAUAUAUAUAAAGCAUUAGCACUAGGGUUUUCCAUUUUUGUUCUCUACAUCUCACAGCGCCUCGCUGGUUCACUCUGUCAUUCUCAGCCCCUCUCCAUCUCUCAGGCUCUCUCUAUGUGCCGAAGACCGCAACGAUGGUCAGAUCUAGUGACUUUUGCAUCUCAAAUUGGUGGCUCCUGCUUCUCAGAUCUGAUAGAGAUCUGGUGGCUAUGCCAUCGAAGACCACAACGAUGGUCAGAUCUGGUGGCUGUGGUGUGGUGGCUGUGUGGGAAAGGACUGAGGUGUGGUGGCUAUGGGCAGUGGAAUGGUGGUUGUGGUGGUGAUGGGAAGUGGUUGUGGUGCUGGCUAUGGGUAGUGGUUGUGGUGACAGUGACAGUGACUGAGUAUCUGAUUGAAUUGUAUAAUUUUUUUUAUCUGAUUUGUAACCCGAAUUCAAAUUCAAAAUUACCCCAAAUUAAAAAAUCCGAAUUCAAACCGAACCUGUCUGAAUUCAACUUGGACUGUAGUAGUACCUCGGGUUCGGGUUAAAGAUUAUAUAUGUAGGGUUGGGCUAGAGUUGAUCCUUCCGCCUGCCCAACCUGCCCGAGUUGCACCCCUACCCCUUUGACAAAGGCACUUGAUUCUGUAGCACCUUGAA